AUGUCUGAUUCCUACAAAGUCACAUUCCAGUGGGGCGCAGGGGCCCAAACCGUCUGCGUCGCCGGCAAUUUCAACGACUGGUCCGCUACUGCCACUCCCCUCCAUAAACAAGCCGACGGAUCCUUCUCGGCCAGCGUGCCCGUACCUUGGGGAGAGAAGGGAGCGUUCAAGUAUGUGGUGGAUGGGGAAUGGAAAGUCAGGGAGGAUGAGGGGAAGGAGUGGGAUGCCGCCGGCAACAUGAACAACAUCUACCAGGCUCCUGAAUCCGAAGCUGCCUCCUCUACUGCUGCCCCCACCUCUACCGCCACCACCGGUGCCUCUCCCACCGACUCUAAACACUCACACUCUGGCGCCGGAACUGCCGUCGCUGCGGGAGCUGCCGGCGGGACGGCCUUGGGUGGUGCCGCCCUUCACUCCCGUGGCAAGGACUCUACCACCAAGGAUUCUACUCCCCUCGCCUCUUCCGAAAAGAGCGUACCUUCCAAGAGCGUAGACACCACUUCCCCCGUGACUACCACCAGCGAAAAGAGUGCCGUGCCAGUUCAAGAGACGAAGACCGAACCGUCAAACUUGCUCGCGGCCAAUGUCCCCGGGUCUGCUGUCGGCGCGCCCCUCUUGGGCAAGCCUCUUACUGGUUCUGAGACUAGCACUACUGGAGGGGCCUUGCCUGUGGCAUCUCACACUGCCUCGGAGAAUGACAAGGUCGUUCCUAUUGCUACUACCGGCACCGUUCCCUCUCCUUCCACUCCUUCCAAAGCUCAGGACAUCCCUCCCUCUCGAUUGGUAGCGGACGCCACACCCUCCAAAUCUACUCCUACCAAGGACGCCUCUACCUCCUCUGCUGUUCCUGCUGCUGCUGCCGCUACUGGCGCUUCUGCUGCUACCGCCGCCUCUACCAAGGACGUUCCUUCCGCCAAAUCCACUUCCACCGACCCUGCCGUCCACACUGGCGCCGGCGUCUCUCCCGAAGCCGGCAAGAUCGACGCCGUAAAUCCCAGGACCGCCGCCGCCUCUGACGCUCCUGUCGACAGCAAGGCCGCCACCGACAAGGCCGGCGCCACUGCAGACGGCGAGCCCAAGACCCUUUCUCCCGGUCCUGUCCCUGUCGUCGUGCCAGCGCCUACUGCGGCUGCUGCAAUCUCUGGUCCGGACGCUACUGUCGUCAAGACUACGGACCCUGCUGGCGGUGUAGUUGGUACUGCGCCCGAAGCGACCCCGAAGGAGAUUGAGCAGGUUGCCAAGCACGCCAAUAUCGGAGAAGCGCCUCUCGCAGCGCCUGUUGCUGUUGCCGAGGGUGAAGAGCAGCAUGGUAUUACGGAGAGGGCUGCCGAGUACGGUGCUGCUGCUAUCGGCGCGAUUGGAGGCGCUUUGGGAGGUGCUGUUGUGGCGGUGGAGAAAGCUACUGGUGUCGACAUUGUCCACUCUUCUCCUCUGAGUGUGGAAGAAGCCAAGGCCAAGGGUAUCGAUGUGUCUACGCUCAACAAGGUCGAUGGAGCUUCGGACUCUACUGUCCCCACUGGCCAGGCGCCUCCUGCGUCUGCUAUUGCCGCGCUUGAUGAAAAGGUGGAUGAGCUCAAGGCUGAGCAGGGUCCUUCUACCACUUCUACAGUGGGACAGGGCAGUGCUGGUGUUGCUGCCGUACCUUUGCCCGGUGGGUCCGUCGCCCCCAACACUGGCGAAAGCUCCCUCUCCGCCAACGCCGCCGCUUUCCAACCCCGAAAGCAACACUCCAUCCCCGCCCAGCCCGAGACCAUCCCCGACAACCACCAAUCCAUCCCCGCCCCCGUCUUCACCACCGUCUCCCCCAAAGACCCGCACAAGGACCGUUCGCUCAAUGCGUCCGAGGGCAACAAGCUGCAAGAUACAGCGGGGCAGAAGCAGGUCGGGGACGACCCUGCUGUGGACGCGCACGAGGUUAAGCGGGAGGCGGAGGCGCACCCUGGGGGGGCGUCGUCGUAUGGCCAGACGGGACAGGCGGAUGUGGUUGGGGAGGGCAAGCCGGAGGUGCAAGCUGCCAAGAAGAGCGCUGCGCCCGAUACGCCCGCCAACAACCUCGGCGUGGGCAGGGAAGGCGAUGCGUCCAAGCUUGCGCCUCAGAGUGAAGGGGCUGGUAAUGCUACAGUGUCGAAAGCUGGUGAGGGCGCUGUUGCGCCUGGGUCGGACACGGAGGCUAGUGGGAAGAAGGGUGUGACGGAGGCUGCUACGGGUGCGCCCACGACUUCUACUGCGCCGUCGACCCCGGCCAAGAAGACCAAUGGGGCUAGCACGCCGUCUACGCCUGCUGCUGUUGGGGUUGCUACCGGGACGAGCACGGCCGCGAGCACGCCUGCAAAGGCUGCCAAGACUGAGGAUGGGCAAGUCAACAAGAAGAAGUCUAGCUUCUUCUCCAAGAUCAAGCAUGCGCUCAAGAAAGACAAGAAGUAA